CGCAGGUUGAAACUUUUGCGCCGCGCCGUGCUGUAACCGACAAACAAGCCCAAGCCGCCAGCAUGGACGAUCUUUAUGACGAGUUCGGCAACUUCAUCGGCGAAGCAGUCUCCGAAGAUGAAGGGACGCAAGAUGGCGGCGACGCGGGCCAGAACUACGUCUACGACGAGGACUCGGACACGGAGCAGCAGCAGCAGCAACAGCACGAUCAGUUGAUGGAAGUGGACGAUGAGGGACCUUCGAACGCCGUGAUCCUACACGAAGACAAGCAAUACUAUCCCACAGCGCAGCAGGUAUAUGGCGAGGAUGUGGAAACACUGGUUCAAGAGGAAGAUGCGCAACCGCUCUCGCAGCCGAUUGUGGCGCCUGUGACGCAGAAGAAAUUCCAGGUUCAAGAGGCCGACCUGCCGCCUGUGUUUUACUCGCGAGAUUUCAUGACCGACCUGCUCAGUUUCCCUGAAGGAAUCCGAAACAUUGCCGUGGCGGGACAUCUACACCAUGGAAAAACGGCGUUUGUGGACAUGUUGGUGAUGCAAACACAUGAUUUGCAGGAGAGGCUGGAUCGACGCGUCGGCAAGAGAAGGGAUGAACAGCUGAGGUACACGGAUACACAUUUCCUGGAGCGGGAGAGAGGUGUCUCGAUCAAGGCUGCGCCCAUCAGUCUUGUCAUGCAGGGCACGCGGGGGAAAUCGCACAUUCUCAACAUCAUCGAUACGCCUGGUCAUGUCAACUUUGUGGACGAGGUCGCUUCCAGUCUCCGACUUGUUGAUGGAGUUGUUCUGGUGGUGGAUGUGGUUGAAGGCGUCCAGAUCAACACGGAGCAAGUUAUCAAACAUGCCGUGCUGGAAGAUUUGCCCAUGGUGUUGGUCAUCAACAAGAUGGACCGCUUGAUUUUGGAACUGAAGAUCCCGCCGACGGACGCGUAUUUCAAACUCAAGCACGUGGUUGAAGAAGUCAAUACCAUUAUUGAGAAUACCAUUCCCGGCCAAGGAGAGAAGAGGCGGCUGUCGCCUGAAAAGGGUAAUGUCGCCUUUGCCUGCACGUCCAUGGAAUGGAUCUUUACGCUACCGUCGUUUGCCAAAAUGUACGCCGAAACCUAUCCCAAAGUCGACGCGACCGAAUUCUCCCGCAGAUUGUGGGGUGAUAUCUUCUUUAACCCUCGGAGUCGGAAAUUUACGAGAAAGGGAAUGGAGGAGGGGUCGAAACGAGCCUUUGUCAAUUUUGUCCUCGAACCCAUCUACAAAUUGUACUCUCUUACUAUUAGCGAGAGUCCUGAGGAUCUGGAAGCGACACUCAAGACCCUGGGAAUCUCGUUGAAGCCAUCCGAGCUUAAGUCCGAUGCAAAGGUGCUACUGAAGUUGGUGUGCGCUCAGUUUUUCGGCCCCGCAAGUGGGUUUGUCGACAUGAUUGUUCAACACCUACCAUCUCCUGUGGACGGCGCGAAACGGCUACUGGAACACUAUUACACCGGACCUGUGGAGGAGUCGUCUGUCGGAGAGUCGAUGAUCAAAUGCGACUCAGAUGGCCCUUUGGUCGUGCACGUCACCAAACUGUUCAACACUUCAGACGCCAAGACAUUCAACGCUUUUGGCCGCAUUUUGUCCGGCACUGCCUUGCCUGAACAGAUCGUUCGAGUCCUUGGUGAAUCGUACAGUCUGGAAGACGAGGAAGACUCGACCACCGCCACCAUUACAUCUACUUUCUUGGACUGUUCGCGCUACAACAUCCCUGUUUCGGGGGUUCCGGCAGGAAACCUCGUGCUUCUUGCUGGCAUCGACAAUUCCAUUGUCAAGACGGCAACUGUGGUCGCGGAGGAGUUUCCCAACGGCGAGGGAGCAUACAUCUUCCGACCGAUCCGCCACUUUACGGAAUCCGUCUUCAAGGUUGCAGUCGAGCCCAUCAACCCGUCGGAAUUGCCCAAGAUGUUGGAAGGCUUGCGGAAAAUCAACAAAUCGUACCCGCUGAUCACGACCAAAGUGGAAGAAUCCGGUGAACAUGUCGUCCUGGGCACAGGCGAACUGUACAUGGACUGCGUUUUACACGACCUGCGGACACUCUACGCCGAAAUGGACAUCAAGGUUUCCGAUCCGGUCACUCGGUUCUGUGAGACCGUGACCGAAACCAGCGCGAUCAUGUGCUACGCGUUGACACCGAAUAAGAAAAACAAGCUUACCAUGAUUGCGGAGCCGUUGGAUGAUGGGAUUGCCGAAGAUAUCGAGGCCGGGGUGGUGAGGAUACGAGAUCCGAUCCGCAAGGUGGCCAAGUUCUUUGAGGAGAAAUACGAAUGGGACAAAUUGGCGGCGCGGUCGAUCUGGGCGUUCGGUCCGGACGAGAUGGGUCCCAAUAUUCUUUGCGACGACACCUUGCCCUCGACCACGGACAAGAAGUUACUGCGGACGGUGCAGGAAAGCAUCAAACAAGGUUUCUCAUGGGGUACGCGCGAAGGACCACUGUGCGAAGAGCCUAUCCGCAACACCAAGUUCAGACUGACGGGUGCUGAGCUGGCGGCCGAGCCGAUUUUCCGCGGAGGCGGCCAGAUUAUUCCAACCGCUCGACGGGCGGUGUAUUCGUCGUUUCUGAUGGGCGGGCCCAGACUAAUGGAGCCCAUCUACAGUGUGCAUAUGACGGGACCGGCAGACUCGAUCCAGGGUUUGUAUACUGUAUUGAUGAAGAGGCGGGGACAUGUGAUUUCGGAUGGGCCCGUGGCUGGUACCCCGCUGUAUGCGGCCAAGGCUUUGCUGCCGGUCAUCGACAGCUUUGGGUUUGAGACCGAUCUUCGCAUCCACAGCCAGGGAGCUGCCAGUGUGUCGUUGGUGUUUGAUCGCUGGGAUGUCGUUCCUGGUGAUCCGCUCGAUAAGAGCAUCAAGAUCCGCCCUCUAGAGAUGGCGGGACCACAGCAGGCUGCAAGGGAUUUUGUCCUCAAAACGAGACGGAGGAAGGGUUUGAGCGAGGAUGUUGAUGUGAAACGAUUCUUGGAGCCGGAAUUGUUGGCUGGGUUGAGGGAAAGUGGUAUUUUGGAUUGAUGUACAGCGAUGAUAUGAAUCAAACACACGUCCAGUUGUCGCAAUGAGCAUUCUGUAGAACGAGGCUCACCAAUGAUAGUGCGCAAUAAUGUUGUAAACCAUGGCCCCAGACGUGGCCAAGAGCGAUA